CCGGACCCAUGUAGCACCAUGACCGGCAUCGCCGCCGCCUCCUUCUUCUCCAAUACCUGCCGCUUCGGGGGCUGCGGGCUGCACUUCCAGACCCUGUGGGAGCUCAUCGAGCACAUUGAGGACAACCACAUCGAUACUGAUCCACGGGUGUUAGAGAAACAGGAACUACAACAGCCAACCUAUGUAGCUCUUAGUUAUGUUAACAGAUUUAUGACAGAUGCUGCUCGCCGGGAACAAGAAUCCUUGAAGAAAAAGAUUCAGCCUAAACUAUCCUUAUCAUUAUCAAGUACGAUUCCUCGAGGAAGUAUUUCAACACCGCAGCGUCACAACAGUGGCAGCCUUACUCCUCCAGUCACCCCACCCGUUACUCCAUCAUCAUCAUUCCGAAGCAUUACUCCCACAGGUAGUGAAUAUGAUGAAGAAGAGGUAGAGUAUGAAGAAUCGGACAGUGAUGAGUCUUGGACCACAGAAAGUGCAAUUAGUUCAGAUGCUAUUCUCAGCUCCAUGUCCAUGAACGGAGGAGAAGAAAAGCCUUUUGCCUGUCCAGUUCCUGGAUGUAAGAAGAGAUACAAGAAUGUAAACGGUAUAAAAUACCACGCCAAGAAUGGUCAUCGCACCCAGAUACGUGUCCGCAAAGCAUUCAAAUGCCGUUGUGGGAAAAGCUACAAGACUGCACAGGGCCUGAGGCAUCACACCAUCAAUUUCCAUCCUCCAGUGUCUGCUGAGAUUAUCAGAAAAAUGCAGCAAUAAACAUAUAUCCAUUUGUGUGUAUAAUAUAUACUAUAUAUACACAUACAUAAAUGAAAUAUGUAUAUUUGCUGGCUGGGCUAUACCAACGAAUCCAGAGCCACACCAGCAGUUGCAAACUGACCCAUCCUCUAAAAUGGAAUCAGCAACCUUUCAAACACUACUUGUUUCAGCUUUUUUAAGUGUGUGCUUACAUUUGUUUUGUACCUUCUAGAAUGAUGUAUCUUUGGAUUGAAGAGUACAUGCUUUUGUACACAUGUACAUCUGCUCAUUGUACCUAUAAUCCAUUGUUAUUUCAUAAGGUGCUAAAAAUAUUUUGUCAAAUCUGUAUGCUGCCAAUGUUCACAUUUCGUCAUGUUUAUAUGCAGUGAAUACAUUGACUUAUUUUAUAGCUGUUGUAUCUUCAAUUUGUUCUUUUUAUAAUUUAUGGUUUUAUUGCCUUGAUAUGUAAUUCAAAAGCUGGCUGACCAAAGUGGACCCUAUGAGCUGUAAAAUGCUUCUGGUUAUUUGGAAGAUGCAGAGGGAAGUUUAACAUCUGGCAUUAGUGUAAAGUAGUUUAUCUGGCUGCCUAUUAUAAAUCUUUCUUCAUUUCUUUAUCCAUUGACUACAAAAAGGAUAAAAAAUUAAUAGAAAGAUAUAAUGUGCUGUCAGUCUGAAAAAUCACUUGUUUCCUUCUCCAGGCAUAAUUUAAAAAUAACUCCACUGUCUGUAACUUGCUUACGAUUUGUUUCAGGCAUGUUUGCAAUCUUUCGGUUCACAUCAGCAAGCAUUUGUAAAUGUCAAUGUGGAGUAAUUUUGUGGAUACUUAGUACAGUAAAGAUACAUCAGUGUGGGAAAUAUGUUGACGUCUCUGCUGCAUGUAAAGCUACAAAUUUACAAAUCUUUAUUAAAAUUAUUGGACUAGUGGGAUAUGUGCAGGGGCUUUGCACAUUACUUUUUGAACAAAAUAUGUAUUUUUUUUAAUGUACACUCCCCCUCCAUGAAAUAUUUGGUAAUUUGUUAUAUUAAAAUUAAUAGUUUUCCUGUUAUAUACCACUUUGAAUAUGUUCUUGUUAUGUGGAACUGAACAACUUCAUCACAAUUGAUGAAGUUUAUAAGCACUUUGUAAUUACCUGUUGCAAGUAGAGUUAAAUAUUUCUCUGUUGCCAAUUCCUGCAACCACUGUGCCUGCGUGUGCCUGUGGUUGCAAAGAGAAAGCAUGUUACGGAGGUGGUUAACUGAUUUUUUUUAAAAUUAAGCCUCCUACUCAUGGUUACUGUAUUUUUGUGAAUUUCUCUUGUAUUAAUAAGCUCAUCAAUGCCUUGUAACUGAAGCUCAUUGCAUUCCAUUUGUAAUUGUUAAGCUUUCAACAUGGUAUCACAGUGCCGCACGUGGAGAACUUUGGCCAUUCUAGCCUUACAGAUGGUGAAGUGUUCUGCUUGGAGAGCAAGGAUAAAAUUUGGUCUUUUCUAGUCUUGUUGGCUUAUUGACAGGAGAUCAUAAUAGUCUGUGCCCUUCUUGGUACUGCUCCAUAAAAAAAAAAGUGGAAACAGCAUUUUGGAUGUCAAAACACCCAUAAAGUUGUCAUCAGUGCAUGUAAAUUCUUGAUUAAUAACUACAAUAAUUACAUUCUACAAGUAUUUACUUCUACCUUGUGGCAGUAUUAAGGAACAUAUAUAGAUGGGGUUUCUUUGUUGUGUAUAGCAAAUUGUAUCGUCAAGUCUGUAAAGUGCGCUCUAAAUUAUAUUUUUCAUAUGUUCUACCGGGAGGACGUAAUGUUACUUUAUUGGAAGUAAGGUUGAGGUGUGAGCAACUGAAGGCAACGAGAUAAAUCACACAAAAAGCUGCUUUCUAACUGUAAGAAGUCACAAUUAAAUAAAUAAAAAUUCCUUUGACUUAACAA